AGCAUCUGCAAUUCAAAACUGAGGACACGUAACGUACGAGGGAAUAUCUUGCGAUCGUUGGGAAGAAAACACGAUAUAAACAUCGCGAUCCAGGCAUAACCUACUAUAUUUUUCUCUGGGAUUAAGCUGAUUCACAUGGAUUGAUUGUAGGUUUAAGCUCUGUUGUGUAGCUUUUACCCGUUCAACUUCAGCGUUCAGAAAGAGGAGAUAACAUUUCUGCUUCAUUCGUGACUCGUAAACGGAAUGAAUGACCAAGACAAAGGUUGACAGCGGUUCCCCGACGCAUUUUGUCUCACCGAAAGAGAAGAGGCAAAAGCAGAAAAUGGAAAGCGGCGCUCAAGCGCAACCUCCGCCGGUAAACCCGCCGGAGCUGCAGCCGCCCUUGCAACCGACACAAGUUGCACACGAGAAGAAGAAAACACACCGGGCACCUUCUCCUGCGAGACCCAAAGAUGUGCCGGGAUGGUCCCUCACAAAAAUCCGCGGGGGUAUCGGCACACCAACGUUGAGCGUCAAACCGGGGGCUAUUUAUCUAGGCGGCCGCGUGUCCAGGCGCAGUCCGGCUACCGGGAAAGACACAAAAGCCGAGAAAAGUAAACCGGCCGGGAAACCCGCGUUAGUGGUAUCUGGCGCACAAAAAAGCACCGCAAAGUCUAAUAAAAGCGCCCGCAGAAAAGUUUCAGACUCCAGCGUCGGAUCGGAUGAUUUGAGUAAAGACUCCGGCUGCGCUCCAGGAAAACUCUCACCCACAGACAGCAGCUCGGAGAUUUCGGACUGCGCGUCUGAGGAAAAUAAAGUAUCCACGGAGGUGCUGAGCAGCGACACCGAGACCAGCAGCCGCGGAGGGAUCGAAGGAGACAAAGCGGGAGCGGAACAUGGACUAUUGGAUAGGAGUGAACGAGCUAAAACCAGCGUGGAAAAGGACCGGCUCUCGUUGGGAAUCGAAACCGGUGAGGGGAGCAUCUCUCCCGGCGACGAGCGGUCACUCACCUCGUUCGACAGUAGGAUGCCUGCCAGCACAUCCUUCGCGUUUUCAGACCUGACUGAAGAGCUAAUAGAUGGUGUGCACGAGGAACUAGUCAGGGAAAUUGAAGAACUCAGGUCGGAGAAUGAGUAUUUAAAGGAUGAAAUGGAGGAGCUCCGCUCUGAGAUGCUGGAGAUGAGGGACAUGUAUAUGGAGGAGGAUGUUUAUCAGCUCCAGGAGCUCAGACAACAGCUGGAUCAGGCCAACAAGAACUGUCGAAUCCUGCAGUACCGCCUCAAAAAGGCAGAGAGACGCAGCAUCCGCGUGGCUCAGACCGGACAGGUUGACGGGGAGCUCAUCCGCGCACUGGAGCAAGACGUCAAGGUGGCAAAGGACGUGUCCAUUCGCCUGCACAAUGAGCUUGACGCUGUGGAGAAGAAAAGAUCUCGUCUGGAGCAGGAGAAUGAGGAGCUGAGGGUGAAGCUACAGGAUCUGGAGGUGGCCAAGCAGGUCCUGCAGGCUGAGAUGGAGAAGACCAGAGAGAACUUAAAGAAGAGAGGAGCCAGGCCAAACAACAAAUCUGAUAAAAAAGCAUCGCCUCUGCCUCCAGAAGACAGUUCAGACCUAAAAUGUCAGCUUCACUUCGCCAAGGAAGAGUCAGUCCUCAUGUGCAAGAAACUCACCAAAAUGGUGAAAGACAAUGAGGCCAUGAAGGAAGAGUUGGGAAAGUAUCGUUCUCUCUACGGCGAAGUCGACGCUUCGCUUACUGUCGAAGAGGUUGCCGACUCCCCUCACACCCGUGAGGCGGAGGUCAAAGUUCACCUGAAACUGGUAGAAGAGGAAGCAAACCUUCUGAGCCGUCGAAUCGUAGAGCUGGAGGUGGAAAACCGUGGCCUCCGUGCCGAAAUGGACGACAUGAAGAUUCAAGAGCCUCCAGGUGGGGUUGCAAGUCACCAGCUGCUUUCCUCAUCAUCUGAGAAUUUGAUGGAGCUACAACGACACCUGCAGUUUGUGGAAGAAGAAGCGGAUCUGCUGCGGCGGUCCCUAAUCGAAAUGGAAGAACAGAACAAGCUCUUGAUGAACGAGCUCAAUCACUACAAAUCUGAACUUCCUGUUGUUACCGAGAUAGAGCCGUCACCCGCAACCAUCACUUCACCCACAAUCAUUCACGAUGCUGCUGUAGAUGGAGGAUUGUGUCUAAAUGAAGCCACCAAUAAAGAGUUACUAACUGCUAGGCUGCAGAUUGCAGAGCUGAAUGGAAAAGUAAAGAAACUCCAGUACGAGAACCGAGUGCUUCUUUCCAAUCUCCAACGGUGCGACUUGGCCUCCAACCAGGGCUCCGGACGCCCGGCACUGGAGACGGAUGCCGAAGCGGGGGACUCGGCCGAGUGCAUCCCGAGCCAGGCACACCGCGAAGGGCCAGUGGGAGAUGAGCAGAUCGAUAUUCUGGAGGAGAAGAGUCAGAAAGUUUCAGGUUCGAUUCAUAUUCAUACCACCCAGUGUCUCAGCAUCAAAGACCUUCUUGCUAUCCGCGACCAGGCGCAACUUGUUACCUCAGCCAUCCAGCUUUUGACAUCGCCCGACUCCACCAUCUAUCGUAAGAUCACAUCCAAUGAGUCUGCAGAACCAGUUCUGCUGGAGAAAAGCCAGAUCCAGGUUUCAACGCUGCCUCUGAUGGAGGCUCUUCAUGGUCGACUGCAGUCUCUUCAGGCUCAGCUGCAUGCCCUCAGCGAGAGGGUGGACAACCUGGGUCAGUUUCCUGAGACAGAGCGUUUGGAAGGGAUAUCCCAGAUGCACUUGUUGUCGGAGUCAGGGGACCCGACAGAUGGCCAAGUUGACCAAAUCACACCCCUACUGAAGCCCGACUCUAGAGACCAGCCAGACUGUGAGGGCAAAGUUCACCCAUGCAAAGCAGAGGAGAAAGACAGCAACAGGGAUGAGGAGACAGACUCCAAACAGGGAACCAACGCUGAUCUGAUCUCAGAGCAGGUCAGUGAGCUUCAUACUCUGUUGUCUGAGGCAAACGAGAAGGCUCUGGGCGCGCAGGAAGCAUUGUCGCAGGAGAGACAUGCACGACACAGCGACACGCACAAACUUUCUCAGCUUCAAGAAGAGCAUCAGAAGGCCCUCCAGCGUCGAGACUUCCAGCUGCAAAGUCUGAGCCUUCAGACGGGUCUGCAGCAGAAGCUGUGGAGUCAAGAGAGGAACCUUCUGGUGCAGGAGUCCCUACAGCUAAAAGAAAGCCUGCUCCUCAUCAGCCUCAAACUCCGCUGGCUUCUCAAACAGUGGAGACUCGGCAAGAAAUUAGACACAGAGAGCAAGGAUAUUCUGGAGGUUAAUAGUGUCAAGGAUCUCCGCCUCUUACUUGAGGAAGAUGGGCUGUCAGCACACUAUGGAGAUAACAAGAUGUCUGCUGCUGAGGAGCAACCCCUCAACCCUACACCCAAAGAGCAAAGCCUUGCAGAGAAAAUCUGCCCGCUGCAGCCUAGCGGGUUUGGCAGUACUCUGUCGGACCUGAAGGUGGCGCUACAAGAUCUCAACGCUGAGCUCCGCGAGGAGCGUCAGAGUUCGCAGGAGCUAACGCAGCAGUUUGCCCGUGCUAAAGCAUCAUGGGAAGUCGAAUGGAUGGAACUCAAGAGCAUCAUUACUCAGCUGGAAGGAAAGGUGGGCAAGGUAUCUGUGGCUGGGGGUGAAAAGGAUCCUCCCGACCUCAAGGAGGCAUUAAAAAAGGAGCGAGAGGAGCAUCAACACCUGCUUGCGGACUCUUACGCUGCUGUGAUGGACCUCACUAAACAAAUGCAGAUCGGUGAGAGGAACUGGAGCCGGGAGAGGCUGGAGCUUCUGGAGCACUUCAACCAGGAGAGAAGCCAAUGGGAACAACGUUUAAGAGAUACCCAGAGCAAAGGCACACAGCUUCCCCACGAUAAAGCCACAGCGAAGGAAACAACACCAGAUGCGGCCACUAACAGCUCAGCCUUACAAAGGGCCAAAUCAAUUUCCGCCCUCUCGGAAUGCAGGAAUCUACUGGACACCAGCCUUUUCCUUCAUGGUCAUAAGGUCAGUGAAGUACAAGAGGGUAACCAAUCUACGGCUCAUCCCUCGCUAUUGGCUCGCACCGACCUGAGCGACCUCAACAACAAGAAUUGGAAGUACCUGACCAAAGAUUCCGCAGUGCUUGAGAAGGGGGACCAAUUCAAAACGUGGGACUGCCCAAGCACCAACAGUACGUUUUCGGGACAUGAAGAGUAUGUCCAGAGAAGCUACACCGCUCCGGAUAAAACUGGCAUUCGCAUCUAUUACAGCCCUCCAACUGUGAGGAGAAUGGAGAGGAGGCCAGUCAAGGAAGGGUCUGGAUCUAGGGACGCCACCAUGAUGGAUCCAUCAGAUCAGGUCCCUGCGUCUGCACCCUUAUCAAGUGCUUCAUCGUCAGCUUAUGAGCAGUGGUUGAGUUCACUUUCCCAACAGCACAGAGACCUGCUUGAGGGACGCACGGGAGGUACUGCUCCAUUCCACGGACUGGAGAUUUCAGGCAACCUCAGCGAUGACAUGAAGGAGAUGACCAACUGUGUGCGACAGGCUAUACGCUCCAGCUCCCUGGAGAGGAAGUGCAGCAAAGAUACGGCGAGCCAGACAGUGGGUGUUUCCAACACAGGAACACAAACGGCGCAGUUCAUCAGCAUUGGCUUACAAACGGAUGUUCCUAUUCCAACAAGCAGAGGCCUUCAAGGGAAAGCGUGGUCUCCUCGCUCAUCCACCUCACUUGUUUCUGCACGUUCCCGACAGAUCUCCUCAUCGCUGGAUAAAGUCCACAGCCGCAUUGAUAGACCAUGUUGCUCGCCAAAAUACGGCUCACCCAAGCUCACUCGCAGGGUCUCCACCUCCUCUUCUAAACUCGAGACAUCCUCUGUGUCUUCAAGAGAUCGUAGUGUGUGGAACCUGAACACUCGCUGCGGCACUCAGAGCGGUUCCGCUUGGGCACGUUCCACCACCACCCGAGACAGCCCAGUGCUUAGCGGACUCAAUGAUGGAUUGACAAGUCUCUUCAGCGUAGUGGAACAUUCUGGAAGUGUCGAUGCCUUGUGGAAGGCAGAUCCGUGUCCAGGGAGACUACCCGCUGGAAAACCUUCCUGUCCUAGCAUAGGAAUCGGUCUGGGAGAUCCCGGAGCUCAGAAGUAUAACGUGGUACAGGAGUUCAUCCGCAAUGUUUGCAGCAGGACUGGAGCAGUGGGUGUCAUGGACGAACCGAAACCUGAAUGCCUGCCUGGAACUCUGAUUGGGACAGACAACAUCACAAAGAUUGUUAAUAAGAGGUUUAUGAAAACACAAAGAGACGAGUUGGUAACCAACGGAAAGGACGCAAUGAGUACAAUCCCCAGCACAUUGGAGGAUUUAGUUUGUGACUGCAACUCACAGACCCCGUCCUGUUUCGCCCGUCACUCCCGCACCACCACACGCCACCCACAAGGCCAGUGCAGGCACCGCAUACAGGAGUCAUCCACGACAACCGAAGAACGACUGGAUGCCAGUAACGAGUGAUGGACCUCCUCUCAAGCUUCACAAACAGAACUCUCAUAAAAUAUUCAUACACAUACUGCCACACAAAUGCACUGCCACACACGCCAAUACACGCCAAGAAUUCAGGAUCACAAAAACAGGACACUUUUCCUGGUCUUUCCAGAACCAGACCUCAGUCUAACCAGCACACAUUAAUGCCAAGGAAAGGGAGAGAGAGUUGACCUCUUUAGAUCCAUCAUUCCACUGUCAAACAAGUCCAUCCAGUUUUAAAUCCAGCCAAUCCUGCCUUUCAAAGUCCACCAAUCUACCAUUCCACACACCUCUUCUUAUAUCUGCCAUUUCUCUGUUCUUUAUCGGAGGACUUGACUAACCAAAACCCAAGAUGUCAGCUGUGCUUAAUAAAACCAUGUAGAUAUAAAGGAAACAAAUAAGAUCCUCAACAUGACCUCUAGCGACAGAAAACAUUCCUUAGCAUUGCUCUGAAAAUCUGUACAGUCCUCCAGCAACCAUCCCGGAUGAAAUCUACAUGUUCCUUCACAAUUUAGCCUUGUUCAAAUCACCUUUUGAAUCCGUCCUUUUAUAAAGACUUGAUAUUAUGCCAUGUGAAGAUGUUUUGUACAUUGUACUGUACAUGUGUGAACAUUAGAGCAUCGACUCUCGAUUGGUUAGAACAUCAACAUGAAGUUUACAGCUAUUACGGAAGAUGUUAUCUUGCUUGAACUUUUGUUCUACCUCUCCAUAUUCUGCCAUCAUGCUUAUAUAAUCCUAAUUGAUGUAAAUCAGGGUAGACGCCAUGUUUGAUUCUACAACAAACUUGGAAAUAUGGCUUGCGAAAAUUAUGUGUGACCCUAAAGGGAUAAUUUACCCCAAAAAUAGAUUUACUGUCAUUUCCUCACCCUCGGAUUGUUCCAAACCUGCAUACAUUUCUUUGUUCUGCCAAACACAAAGGAAGAUAUUUAUAAGAAUGUCAGUAACCAGAGAUCUCCUCCCCCAAUGACUCCCAUAGUAUUUAUUUUCCCUACUAAGACAUUCUUCCAAAGAGCUUCCUUUUUGUUUAGCAGAACAAAGACAGGUUUGCACCAGUACAUGAUGACAGAAUAUUCAUUUUUGGGUGAAGUGUUCCUUUAAAAUAGUCAAAUCUGAGAAGGAUAAAUCUUUCGGCUACUUCAAGGAAUGACACCUAAUGUAUAGUCCAUAAUCCUAUUUCCUUUCUCUCCAGUGCCCAUUUAAAUGCUAUACUAAUUGCUAACUAUACAGAUAUAUAAACAGAGAUUUUUAUAAGACUGAAACGUUGAAUGCUAAAUGCCCACAUUGAGAUUUUGAGAUCAUUGAGAUUAACCAGAUAAUCCCCAAUAUUUUCUAUAAUCUGGCCUUUUUUUGCUAAAUGCAGUUCUGUCAUAAAAGUGUAUCUGCCCCUACAUCACAGUCGAUUCGUUGUUUGUCUGUAAAAAAAGCACUCUCCGGUUGGAGUGGUGCUGCAAGAACAGAUGUUCAGCCCUAUUCUAAGUGCUUUUAAUGAGUGUUGAUGACAGUACAUUUUAAGUAACAUUUUUGUAUGCAUCUCUCAAACCAAUAGAAUAACUCUGUUUUUUUAUAAAUAGGGUAUUUGUGGAGAUUAAGAGUGUUAUCACAUGUCUUAAUUGUUCAGCGUCUGGCCUUGUAGUAAAAAAAAUGAUGGUCAGCUAUUUUAAACCCAGCCUGUAUUAUCCACAGUAAGUGGAUCUCGUUUAUUUGUUAAAGCUUUGCCAUAUUUUCCACAGCUACCUCUAAACUCUUCUUUCUUUCAUUAAGUCAUAUUUCCUUUCGAAGGACACAGGAGUGCCUUUAAAAUCAAAGCAACAAGUUAUCUAUGUUAGAAGUACAUUUUGGAGGAACAGCCUAUUUACAACUUCAGUAAACAACAUGUGUCCUUAAACGUCUUCAUUACUAUUGAACCCCUCCAUUUCUUCACAGAAAAGUGUAUAUGCACAGUUAACAGAAGUGACAAAUAAUUUAGUAUAUAUUGUACAGAAGCCAAAAUUCAACUCAAUGACCUUUUGAGUGAGAUUUGAUAAUAAUGUAAUCAGUCCUGCUUUUCUUUAAAAGCCAUUUUUAACCUGUCUGAAUGUUCCAUGGAUUCAGUCUGAUGUUGUACUGUAGCAUACUUUACAAAUACAUAUCAGACAAAUGAUGUGCCGUCCUGUUUAAGUGUCACUUAACCCAGCCGGUCUUCUGAGUUUGGUCACAUGAUCUCUACAUAAGUCAAACAGGGGGAAGGCCUGAGCUCAGGAGUUACAGUCUCAGCGCUCCCAACCAUCAAAUGCUGCACUUUUACAUAUUGAUGACUUAAGAAUGGAAAAAUAAAUAGUUCACGUUUAUUUAAGACAAAUGUUGAUAAUUAGACAGCCAUUCUUCAACCACUUUUAAAAGGUCAUGUGGUUUAUAAAGUAUGUUUUUGCGAGAGCAGCUUUCUGACUGGCCGUGAUCUUUAUCACUCUUAUGUCAUCACAACACCCUGUUUUACUGCCUAGCAAUAUAUAAAACACAUUGCUUAUUGUUGUGUAUAUCAUUUGCUAAAUUAUUAUAAAGAUAAUGCAUGUAUAUUUCUUCUUUUGUCUCCAUUUGAAAUCUUUUGAAUAGAAAAAAGACGAGAGAUGGAGAAUGAUAAACCUUUCGAAAUGUUUUAACUUGAAAUCAAGUAAACUGUACAUACACAAUUUGUACUCUUUCUAUCCUCGUGUAGGAAACGUUGAAUGUCUCUGCCGACUUUGAGCUUAAAUUCUGUACCUUUCUUCACCUGAAUACAAAACGAUGGAAGAUUUUGUGUAAAUAGAAACAUUUUGAAAAUAAAAGAAAAGCGCUGAGCAUUUCUUCAUA